AUGGCUGCUGCUAUUCCCCGACCCUCGAGGCCGUCCUAUGGACCGCCAACAACCGCCCUCCCCGCGUUACCAACAUCUAAAACCCGCAAGAGUACAGGAGGAAUACCCGCGAUAUCAGAUUUUAAAUCGACUUCCACGCCGAGCCUACCGAAGAGCGGACUUCGAGCACCUUCUACGUCAAAUCUUCCCUCAUCACCCGGAGGAAGCGUAACACUUCCCAAAUUACGAACUACCCCAGGCGUUAAUGGUGCCGGGAGGUCGAUUAGGAAAACUAUCAGCAUUAAUUCCUUCCCGCAACCGCCGCGAGGGGACGGCCCACGGAUAACCAGUCUACCUCCAAGCCCAUUAUCAGGUGGCUUGGGGGCAGGGAGUAGGGCGGACAGCGAUACCAGCCCAGCUACUCCCGGGCCAAAAAAACUGAAGCGGUUGACAUCAACCUCCAGUUCGAAGACUAGCUAUGUUAAUGGUGCAGCACCGAGCUUACUCAAUGGCAGCGGGGACAGCAGAUCGAUAUCUAGCGGGCCUGGGGCGCGCGGAUCGGAUGGUCUCUUGAGCCUGCCAUCACCGCCUCAGAGCCGCAGCUCCUCGGCACAGGAUUCAUAUUCGACCUCAGCAACGACACUUGAAGAUAAUGGAGACUUACAUAGAGGACGAGAAGCUGCCGCGGAUGCCGACACUGAGAAGGGUUCGUCAAAACACGGAGAGAUAAAAGGCAAUGUGAUUGUGAGCGUUCGAGUUCGCCCCGACGCGGGCGGUGGAGAGCGUGGUAAAGCGGAUGGGGAGUGGCUGGUGGAUGGACGAAAAUCCCUGGUCUCAUAUCGAGGCAAGGAAGCGGGUGACUACUACUAUGAUAAUGUUUUUGCUACCCACGACAACAAUGCCAAGGUCUACGAUGCUUCUGCGAAGCGACUGGUUCGGCGAGUUAUGGAAGGAUACCACGGAACUGUCUUCGCCUACGGGAUGACGGGUACAGGCAAGACAUUCUCCAUGCAGGGGACAGCAACAUCCCCUGGUGUCAUCCCGCUUGCCAUCACCGAUAUUUUCUCGUACAUCCGCGAGACGCCAUCCCGAGAAUUCCUACUCCGUGUCAGCUACCUAGAAAUUUAUAACGAGAAGAUUCAUGAUCUCCUAAGCGCACCUACUACUACAGGCCCUGGAGCAGUUCCGCAAGAAGAGAUCAAGCUUCGGGAGGAUAGCAAACGGGGGGUCUAUGCCACUCCGUUGAAAGAGGAGAUCGUUCAGAGCCCAACACAGCUCCUACGAGUGAUUGCCAGAGGUGACCAUGCCAGACGUACCUCGAGCACGCAGUUCAACGCGAGGAGUUCUCGAAGUCACGCCGUUGUUCAGAUCGUUGUUGAAAGUAGAGAACGUAUUCCUGGUACCGGAGCGAUGGGGGAGAACAAGCGAUCCGGGAUACUUCCCGGAGGCGUUCGGGUGUCGACGCUCAGCCUGAUUGAUCUUGCUGGGUCCGAAAGAGCUGCAGAGACGAAGGAGCGACGGACCGAGGGUUCCCACAUUAACAAGAGUUUGCUUACCCUCGGAACCGUCAUCGCCCGACUGUCUGGAGACAAGGACAAGGAUGGGAAGCCAACUGACAAAGAUGGGAAGCAUCUCCCUUAUAGAGAUAGCAAGCUUACCAGACUCCUCCAGGGUGCUCUAUCCGGAGAUUCCCUGGUCAGCAUCCUCUGCACAAUCCAGAUCGGGUCUGCCGGUAGUGCCGCAGCAGCCAACACCCACACUAGCGAGACCUUGAACACGCUGAAGUUCGCCUCGAGGGCGAAGAACAACAUUGUCAGUCACGCCAAGAAGGCCGAGGAAGCACUUGGUGCUGGCGGAGAUGGGGGGGCUAGAGUUUUACUCGAGAGGUACCGCAUGGAGAUCUUGGAGUUGCGAAGCCAACUCGAGGGGCAACAGAAAGCAAAGAUUGACGACGAUGAGAAGGAACGGGAGAAGGAGGCCGAGCAACGUCACGAGGAGCAGAUGCUGGAGAUGCAAUUGGCUCGGACGGCUCUGAAGGAGAGGAUUGAACAUCUUAAUCGUCUUAUCCUCAGCUCGAAAUCAACCGGUGUUAAUGCCAGCGGAUCGUACUCAUCUCUGAGUAUGCACCCUCGCCUGUCCAAUAGGGCUUCGAAUGGCCACCUCUCUUCGAUGUCCGCACGUUCUUCGAUGGCACCGUCUGUCACGCAGCGCAAUUCACUUGAGCGUACAGCUUCUGUGGCUUCGGCAUCGACAAUUGGCCAACUCCCGCGAGAUCGGUUAUCGGCGUCUGGGUCGUUGGAGGAUGAGGAGUCGCUCGGCGAAUUUGGCGACGGCACCGCAUCGCUGCAAGCCCAGAACCGUGCCUUGCAAGCUGACCUCGCAGACAAGACCCGCUACUGCCAGACGCUCGAGAAGCGUCUGCUGCAGGCGAGACGGUCGAGUCACUCGCGGACAUCGGCGAACUUGUCGAAGAAUGGAAUUAUGGUCGGGGAGGACCAUGGCGUGGCGGCGCUCUUGAAGGAGAAGGAUGCAGAGAUUGCGGAGCUCAGAGCUCGACUGGACGACAAAGACCGCAUGCUUGAUGCCCUGCGCUCUGCUGCUCGGUCACGCGAUACUGCGGAUCGAGACCCUCGCGCCUCGCAACACUUCAAGCCGGCUGAUAAUGAUCCUCUAUCGCCGGUGUCCGCGCGCACUUCACAACUUGUCGAUGGGCCCACGAGUCCGAUGAUGAGUCUCCUGUCCCCGACUCUCCGGAAACGGACCAAAAGCGUAGAUGAGAUGAGCAAGAUGCUCGAUGAGAUGAUCCAGGACCGGGUCGAGAGGGGCGAGUUAGUUAAGGGUUCUCGAGGCAGCGUACGCCUCGCGAGCGAGCGGCGCCAGGCGAGUCUGGGACCGCUAUCCCCAUUGCCGAUGCCGUUGAGCCAUGAGGCGCCAGCGGCGCUGUCGUGA